AUGGCUUCAAAGGAUAAGCCAGCAACUAAGAAAGAAAGCAAGAAGAAGAAUGCAUAUGAACAGCCAAAACAUCUGAAAACCGGCUCGAUCAUAAUUGACAAUUACAAGAAGCAAUGGAAAAUUGGAGUUUCGAUCGGAAUCGGUGGAUUUGGUGAGAUUUAUUCAGCUUGUGAUGCAUCUUCAGGAACUAAGAAGGUUGAUGACUAUCCAUUUGUUGUUAAGAUUGAACCACAUAGUAAUGGACCGUUAUUCGUGGAGAUGCACUUUUAUAUGCGCAAUGCUAAAAAGGAUGAUAUUGACAAGUUCUCAAAGGAUAAUAAAGUUAAGUCGAUUGGAAUGCCAAUAUUUAUUGGAAGUGGCUCACAUGAUAUUGAAAACAUAAAGCAUCGAUUCCUGGUUAUGCCUCGUUAUGGCAAGGAUAUUUGGAAGAUAUUUCUUGAACAGAAUCGAAAGUUUCCUUUACAUACAGUCUACAGAAUUGGAUGGCAAAUGAUCAAUGUGCUGGAAUAUAUUCAUCAACGAGAAUAUGUUCAUAUGGACAUAAAAGGAACUAACAUUUUACUCGGUUUUGGAUCAAAUGAUCAAGUAUUUUUACUAGAUUAUGGCUUGGCUUGUCAUUAUAGCACAAAAGAUUAUAAAGUUGAUCCAAAAAAGGCUCACAAUGGUACUAUUGAGUAUACUAGUCGAGAUGCACAUAAUGGAGUUCCAACAAUGCGUGGGGAUAUUGAAAUACUUGCUUACAACUUGAUUGAAUGGGCAGGAGCAAAACUUCCCUGGACAGCAUCAGCUUCAAUUCUUCAAAAACCAGUUGAAGUUCAAAAAUUAAAAGAAACGUUCAUGAAAGACACAGGAAAGUCAUUAAAGUCAGCAUUUGGAUCUCUUUCAGUUCCAUCACAAUUGACUGCAUUUAUGAAGUAUAUCGAGUCAAUGAAGCAUAAUGACGUUCCUGACUACAAAAAGAUUCGUAGCAUGUUUGAAAGUGGAAUAAAAGAAUUGAAACAAUCAAAUAGUGGAAAAUUAGAGUUUGGUAAAACAAAAGACGACGAAAAGACUUCAAAGUCACCAAUAAAAAGAGCUCCAACUAAGGAAAUUGAAAAGCCUGUAAAAUCACCUGUGAAGAGAGCUCACGCAUUAACAAAAGAUCCAGCUGAAAAGGCACAAAAACAGCCAAAAGUUUUAGCAUCAAAAACUGAAAGUACAGACGACGAUCGACCACUAAGAUCAAAGCGUAUUAAUGAUAGGAAGCGAUAUGUAGAACUCGAUAGCGAUGAUGAGGUUGAAGCUACUGUUAAAAAGACUGAUAAAAAGACAGAAGAAAAGAAUAAGUCAACGUCAGAAAAGAGUGAAAAUAAAACGACUAAUAUGUCACCACCACAAAAGAAGACGAAAGAUGACAAAAAAGGUACGAAAGCAGCAGCAAAAGGCAAAGUAAUCUUAAAGUCAUCAUCUGGAUCUUCAAAGAAAACGGUACAAUUAAACUUUGAUCUUGAUAUAUCCUUUGAUUCUGAUUUAGUUGUUACGGUUAAUAGAAAAGACAAAAAGAAUAAAAAUGACGUACAGAAGGAAGAUGAUAGCCACAAGAAUGAGGCAGGGUAUUAUAAAGGAAAAUAUACGAAAAAUUAG